CAGAAGGCAAAUCCAAUAUUGAAAUUAUUUCAAUGGCAUCUUCCUUUUCGCCCUUUGAGCUGUAUACAUUGUUCCGUUUCAAUCUCAGUGGCAGUGGAGCCCAAAAUCGAUCGAUGGAUUGAUUCUAGCUGAUUUACCCCACAAAUAUACCGCCACUCAUACAUCCCCCUAGAUUAGCUCAUUUGCUCAUUAUGAAAGGAAUGUUCACUGAACUUACACUAAGGUUAAGCUUCUGUUUUUCUUAGUUUGGUACUAAGCUUGCUCGAUGGAGAUGUCAAGACCAUGGGAGCAUUGCUUAACCAUGGCUUCUGCCUGACACAUGUGCGCGCAGCUGCAAGCGCCGACCCCGCCUGGCCAGCUCCAUCCCCUUCACUUCACACUCCCAACCACUUGUUCUCUUCUCUAUCACUCAGUGUACAAUCAGGGAAAGCUUUCUGCUUCGUUAUCCAUCACUUUUAUCGUUUGGCAUCAUAAACAUGGCUAUUGUCUACGGAUUGCCGACGGUGGCUUCCACGGUAGCAGCAGCGUUUGCAAUUAUCGCUAUCAUACUUGGAGCGCUGUCCUGGUCUCGUACAGCUUCACUUUACCUUCCCCUUCCUGAAUGGGUUCCAGUCAUCGCCACCCUCUUCCCUCCUCUUACAGCACUGGCACUAUAUCUUGCCAAUCAACUCGCCCAGCCAGCUGCAGAUAACCGCCAGUCAUCUAGCCCUUGGCGACGACUCUUUCCCGUCAUCAACCACCUCCAAUCCAUCAUAACCACAGUCAUCGCCACCGUGGCCCUCGCCUAUCUGUACCCAGAGAGCAUCACCACUUGCCGACUAGAGCAAGAAUGGCAGUCAUACUUCCGCGCGAAAGAUGCUCAACCGAUCCGUGCUAUUCAGGACGAAUUCCGCUGCUGCGGAUUCCGGAGUAUCCAUGACCGAGCGUGGCCGUUCAAGGAUAAGACCACAGGGGAUGAUGCUUGUGAGGUACAAUUCAAUUACGGGACAAGCUGUCUGGUCCCGUGGAGACAGCAGCAGCAGAGUGCUUCAUGGAUGGUUUUUGCAGCUGCUAUUUUGACGCUACUCAUGAAGGUUGCAUUAUAUCAAGCCCUGCGUCAGCGACCGAGCUGGAUGACAAUGCAGUUUGGCAGACAGGCACGCAGUCAGCAGCGGAUCACGCACGCUGCGCUGGAGGACGAAGACGCCACUGAUGACGCGGAGGAGGGGCAGCGGGGAGCGUUCCUGCCUCGUGCGGGUCCAAGGUUUGACAAUGAGUGGAAUGAUCGGGCUAUUUGUGAACUACCCCUCAUUGCAUUUUGCGUUGUGACCGUCUUGUUAACGAUGGCAGGUGAAGUGGAUGGAACCCUCCGGAGUUCAUCCGUGAAGCGGCUAAGCAGGCCCUGGGCCGCUUCGAGUGCAACAAACAUGCUCCAACCAAGGUGCCAGAGUUGGACAUGUUACAACGUGUUCCCCGCGAUGGGCUCCAAAACCCUAGGCCGCCUGAAGAAAUACUCACCGCGGUCUCGUACAGGGUGCCGGACGUGUCGUGCACGACGGAUUAAAUGCGACGAGACACCAGGACCAUCAUGCAAGAACUGCACGUCGACAGGUCGUACUUGCGACCGAUCCCCGCAGUUUCAGCUCCCCAUAAAAGUGCGCCUUCGACACCUUAGUCACCUGCACAACUACAUUUCCACCAACCUGCCCGGUAUGACAGCCGACGAGCGCCGCUGUCUCGCCUUAUUUCAGACAUAUACGAUGCCCAUGCUGACCGGGUUGUGCGACUCGGAACUCUGGCAACGGCUCGUGCUACAGAUGAGUCAGAUGGAGCCGGCAGUUGGACACGCCGUCGCAGCGCUGGGCGCAUUCCACGAAACUACGACUGUGGGUGUAGCUGGUAUGAACAACGAUUAUCAGCUCUUUGCGCUGGAGCAAUACGGGCGCGCGAUUGGAGUGCUUCGCCGCCGUCUUGCAUCCGGGUCCGGGGAUCCCCAGCUACGGAUUACAGCGUUGGUGUGUUGUGUGAUCUUUGUGGUGCUAGAGUUAUUGCAAGAUAAUUACGGAAACGUAUUGAUGCAUCUGAGAAAUGGGAUAUACAUCCUUAUGAAUGAGACUGGCCCGAAAGCGAGGGAAGCAAUUUUCAGAUCCUCCCUUCCCGCUGGUCCGAAAAAUGAUAGUGAGCGAGAAGAGGACGCGGUUUUCACGCAUAUGUUUGCGCAGUUGACGGUCCAGGCAGCGCAUUUCAGCGAGGAUUCAGUGAUGAGGUUGCAACCAUUGGAUGCGCAUCUCUCCACGGUGCAUUACGACAGUAUAGAAAUUCGCAGUCUAAUUGAGGCAAAGGAGACGUUGGACCCGUUGAUUGAUAGCAUGGUGCGCUUCUGGACGCGCUGCGAAGCAGAGCUUCGAGAUCGCUCUGCAGAUCAUUAUCCUCUCUAUGUCGAGCAACAACGGCAAUACAGUAACAUACAACGCCAUAUCAACGCCUUUGAGACAUACGUGUCCCGAGCCCAACACUACUCACCCAAGGAAACUCGAGCUAUCGAUACAAUCCGCGUCAGUCACAUCGUCAUGAGUACCUAUAUCGCCACCUUCAUGGAUCUCACCGAGACCAUCUACGACCGAUUCCUGGCACGAUGGACCCGAGCCGUAAUUUUGGCAGAGCAGAUUGUCGCCAGUCUUCAAACGGAAUACGCCCACAAGCAACAGCCACUUCCCAACGUCAUCUCCGAUAUAGGGGUUUUCGUCCCACUGUUUUCGGUGGGGAUCAAGUGCCGCGAUGUUGAUAUCCGAGAGCGUGUGUUGAGGUUGUUCCGCGCAUGGCCGCAUCGCGAAGGACUACAUGACUCGAUGGCAUACUUAUACAUGGUGCGGGAGAUAGUGAAGAUAGAAGGGGAGGCAGCCGAUGCUGAUGGGCAUGUGCCGGAGAAGGCGAGGGUGCGAACGAUGAUGUAUGAGAAGGUUGGAGAUGGAAAGCAUGCGGUGCUACACUACGCGUUAUCGGACCCAGAGGCGAAAGAGUUGAUAAUGAGGAAGAGAGUUUUUUUAAUGGAUGAAGUGAUAUAAUUAUCUAUUGUCUCUGCGUAGUCGGGGCCUUGAUUCUGAUAACUUACUCUCAAUAACCAGAAUUAGAUCAUCC